AUGGCUAAUCGGUACAAAUUUAUCUACGAUACUGCAGUUGAAUUCUUCAACGCCACUACCGUGGAGAACGACGAGAUAAUUCGUGAGUUUCUGGAAAACGAAGAUGUCACUAUAUUGGCUGCAGUUUCACUGGACGGUGAAAUACUUUUUCAAAAUGCGGUUCCUGUUGAGGAACAGUACUGUUUGCUGUUCUAUAAGAUUCCCAACCUGGACUACAACAGCCUAAACACUUCACCAAAAAUUGGAAUGCUUACACUGGAAGGUGGCCUGGCUAAGUCAAUAUAUAACUCGUUGCAGCGUGUUUUUUCUCCCUACAUUCUGAAGAAAUGCGAAUAUUCAACCGAAGUGAAGGCUAUUCUUCAAAAUCUACACUCGAACCUAGGUCUAUCGCUCGGAUUGACCGAAUCCGGUAUACUGUCAUUUCAGGAUGAGAUCAAUUUUUGGGUACAGAAAACGAGAACCUUACCGACGAAGGCUGAUCGGGAAGCGGCAAAAUCUUUCGCGGCUAUACUGGAAAAAAUUAAUGCUCAGUUGACGGAAGGCUCCAAUGCUAAUCUUAGCCAACUGGACGAGUUUAUCGACGUCUGUCAGACCCAUCUGGACGAAAUAUGGCGACUGCCACAUCACUACCCACAGAACCGCAUGUGUAGUAUUUUCGAUAUCAUUUCAACUCACGUUGUCAACACGUGCACCGAAAAACUAAUCGAGUUGGAUAUAUGGGACGUUGGAUCAAUCUAUCUAGAUGAGGCUAUCAACCAUGUCAAAGAAACACUAGAAUCCUGGUAUCAAACGUUCGACAGUUUGACGCGACUCUUCUGGCCAAACUAUGAACAACACGCGUGGAUCGGAAAACCGUACAGCUCCAAACAAUUGGACAAACUUCGUAGCCGAUUCUCAGAGAUUUUAGAAAUCAAGAAUUCCAAGGAUUUACUCUAUGCAUUGUUCUUCGAUAAUGAUGAACAAUUUCUUCGCAACACCGAUGUAGCAGAUCCCUUCAAAGAUAUAAACAUCUUCGAUCUCACUCCGCUGGGCAAUAAACGAUGGGAGAUGGCCAAGUCCCGCAUGGAGUCCAAUCUUGCCAAGGUAGACGAAAACGUGGUUUCUAUCCUGAAGCAACACAUUCACGGAAGUGUCGGAAAUCCACGGCAAGCGAUUCACGUGUUCAGUCGCUUCAAAGACAUCUUCAAUCGUCCGUAUGUUCUGAAAGCACUGACCGUGGAACGCGAGCAACUAUAUCAAAGUAUCCCAAUAAUUAUUCGCGAACUGCGGGAAAUGCUUGCGGCUACGAAUUACACCGAGGACGACGUUACGCCAAUUGUUUCCGAAACUCGCUGGUACCGAGUGGUGGAGGAGCAGAUUACCCAGCUGGAAGCGGUCGUGGUGAAGAUUCUCAACGAUCGUGAAGGAUUUGAGCAAGCGGUGCAGAAAAUCAUCACUUUCCGGGAGGAAAUCCAGGCUAUGAUUCGGGCUAACUUUGAAAGCUGGACCGACAACUCGAUGAGUGCGAUUCGCGAUGGGGAGUUAAGCCUUCGCGAGAACCAACCGGUAGUCAUUUUCGACAAAACCGAACGCCAACUCAUGAAGGUCACCUUCGGUUCCAAGAUUGUAACUUUCUGUGACGAAGCUCGCCAUCUACAGAAUCUAGGACUGAAGCUCAGUCCGGAAAUUCAGAAAAGCAUAACCCACUCGAUGAGAUUUAUCUCCUAUGCACGGAGACUACAGCAGAUCGCUACAUUCCACAACACCAUUGGUGACAGGAUGAUUCCAUGCCAACGACCGAUCAUGCUGAACAAUGCCAUGGAGUUCUCGAAGCUCGUGAAAAGCGAAUCUGUGUCGUGGAACGAUGAACACUCUGUAGAACGAUACAUCGACAGUCUCCAGCAAGCAGUCAAACGAUUAUCCAAGGACAACAAUCAGUUGACAGGCUAUCACGAACAAGCCAAGAAAUCAGUGCUUAAAUUGAUGAAUGUCGAUCUUAUUCGGCAGAGUAACGUCUGGAAGGACGAAAUGCGUGUUCUUCGCGAGAUUAUAUUCAACUUGGAGAAGCAAGCCUACACUAACCUGAAUCCAUUCAAACUUCACUGGGAUCAUCAAUUGUACAAAGUUUUAGAGUAUCAAUACGUUUCCGGUCUACUCAACGUUCACCAAAAGUUACCGGAUAUUCACGUAGACUUGGUGUUUCGUCAGCAGAAAAUCCAAUUUCGUCCUACUAUGGAAGAAAUCAAGUCCAAGUACUACUCCCAGCUACGUCGAUUUAUCGAGAAACCCCUUGGUUUCAAAGGCCUUUCCGAACAGAGUUCGAACAUUUUCAAAGCAAUGAUUGAACGAAACGCUCAAUACUUCUCAGUAGUGUAUGAAAAAGCAGACGUCGUAUUCCGUGAGUUAUCGGAAUUCCGAGACAGUUGGCUACCUUGGGUAUCGCUUGGAAUGUCGGAUAUGGAACAGCUAUGCACCGUUCACUGUACUACGUGGCAGCACUGGGACAACAAUUUCCGAGCCUGCAAGAAGUUUAGUCAACAAAUAGCUCGAAUUCAACAGUCGGAAAAAGAGAUUGAUUGUCUGAUCGUCAACUACGCACCACUCUGCUCCGAUAUAGACGGCGUCAGCAGACGGUAUUGGGAAAGUCUUGCUAACAGUUUACGAACGUCGAUCUUGGACAACAUUUCCACUUUGCAAGAGUAUCUAGCGUAUUCGUUCCAGGUGCUCCAAAACAUCCCGCAAGACGAGUGGGGCAUAUCGGAGUCUAGUGCGAAGUAUGAGAAAAUUGUUAGCGAUUUGCCAAGGAUGACCGAGUUGAUCAAGUCGCUGCAGGGAAAGGACAGCUGUUUGGCUGGGUGGUGUAAGGAGCGAGUUUCAGCACUCGGCGGUAUUCUGACCCAGUGGAAUCAGCUGCAGCCUUUGAUAGAAAACCACCAAUCGCUGCUGCAGGGUAGACUGGAUAUCAUCAAGGAGAAUAUUUUGAGGCAGAUCACCGAGUUGAACGAAGAAGCGGACAAAUUUUCUAUCCGUUGGGAGUCUACUAUACGGGAUCUGGAGACUAACGACCACGCUGAUAUGACUUUAUUCCGUGAACGCCAAAGCCAGUGGAAAAGCAUCGUUAAUAAACGCGAGACACUCCGAAAACAAACUGAAAAAUUCAAUAUAAAAGUUCCGGAAGAAUUCGACGCAAUAUUUGGCAAACUAGAAACGGACAUCGCGGAACAUGGCAAAAACUGGGAGAUCUUCAACAACUUUCUAACAGACUACGAUACGGUCGCGAACGAAGAAUGGACAAUCUAUCGUCGUCGACCGCACAUCUUUACGGAGUUUCUAUCUAGAUGGGAGAAACCCCCAAGUCCACCAGCUAGCGUAGCGAGUUCCCGUAUUGCAUCUCACGUCGAACGGUACAAAUCCGUCCAAUCGCUACUCAACGCUCUCCAAUCGGAUGCUCUGAUCGAGAAACAUUGGGCUAAAAUAUGUCAGCUGCUAAAAAUAGAUUCCAAAUCCCAACACGAUCUUUGUCUGGGCGAUGUCUUACUAGUGUCCGAUAACCUUCAACAGCAGGCAGCUGAAAUUCAAUCCAUCGUGCGACAGGCAGCUUCGGAGCAUGUAAUACGGCAAGCUAUAGUAGAGUUGGAACAAUGGGCCGCUACAGCAAUGCUGAAACUUAUCGAUCAUACAGACUCCAAAGGAGUUAUCAUUUCGUUGAUCAAAGAUUUUACGGAAACGCUGAACAAGAUCGGAGAUAACCAGUUUUUGCUGCAGUCCGCGAAGAAUUCAACCUCGAUUGAGUCCUUUUCCGAUCAAGCCGAUGUGUGGGAAGAGAAGCUCAACAAUCUGGACUAUAUCAUAACCCAUUUGAAUCAGAUUCAGAAGAAAUGGAUUUAUUUGGAACCCAUUUUCGGCGUUGGAACCUUAAAACGAGAAGAAGCCGUCUUCAAAAGCAUCGAUAAGAACUUCCGAUACAUUAUGAAAGAGAUCACCGAAGACCCGAAAGUAGUCGCGGUGCAUAAAAUAAACAACGUGCUGUCGAUUAUUGAAACGCUCCAGAAUCAAAUAUCCCGUUGUCAGAACGCUCUGAGUUCAUUCAUCACAACCAAGCGGAAUGCCUUUUCCAGGUUCUAUUUCCUAUCUGACGACGAUCUGCUUGAGAUUUUAGGCCAAUCCUCAAAGACAGCUGUUAUCCAAAAACACAUUCGUAAGCUGUUUCCCGGUAUCUACGGAUUGGUGAUAGACGAAUCCAGCUCUCGUAUAGUAGCGUUCGGCAGUGAGGAAGGCGACGAAAUCCGUUUAACAAACCCCGUAAUAAUAACGCCUGUAGUUGAAGACUGGUUGAACGUCCUGGUGACAGAAAUCAAAACAACACUCCAAUUUCUUAUCAAAAAGUGUCUCGAUGCGGUUCCCAUGGACGAAGCGACCAUUGGUGCGUAUCCGAUGCAAGUCAUAUGCCUGAUCAAUUCCAUCAACUUCACUCGACGAGCUGAGAAAGCCAUAUCCGGUAUGCAGCUGGCCGAUCUAAAACGUCAGAUUCAAAAGGAAAUCGAUCAAUUUUCUACCCUACUACACGGAAGCACCGAUCAAUUGACACAAAUCAAGCUACGUGCCCUGCUGAUUGAUCUAGUCUACCAAUCGACCACCGUAGACUAUCUGAGUAAUCACAACGUGACAAACCUGCAGGACUGGUACUGGCUCCAGCAGCUCAAGUUCUUCGUAGAUCGCAACGGGAAAGUGAUCAUCAAAAUGGUCUACGCAGAGUUUGAAUAUUCGUACGAAUUCCUCGGGAACUAUAGUAAGCUGGUGUACACAUCCUUGGCCCACAACUGCUACCUGAUAUUGACGCAAGCAAUGCAGCUAGGUCUCGGUGGUAAUCCAUUUGGGCCCGCAGGAACCGGUAAAACUGAAUGCGUCAAGUCACUAGGAGCAAUGCUGGGUCGCUUAGUACUGGUGUUCAAUUGCGACGAGAACAUCGACACCGCCGCCAUGGCUCUCAUCCUGUCCGGGCUAGCUCGCUGUGGAGCUUGGGGCUGUUUUGAUGAAUUCAACCGCCUCCAGGAAGCUACCCUUUCUGCGAUUUCUAUGCUUAUUCAACCCCUACAAGUUGCAUUGAAAGACAAACAGAAAGAGGUUCAACUGAACAAUGAAACCGUUCCGCUGAACAAUCACUGUUGCGUGUUUGUAACGCUGAAUCCAGCGGGCGAAGAAUACGGAGGUCGUCAACAGUUACCGUUGAAUCUACAGGCCCUUUUUCGACCAAUUGCAAUGCAAGCUCCACGACCACAACAAAUCGCUCGGGUUACACUCUUCGUGGAAGGGUUUAAACAUGCUGAUCGACUCGGCAGUCAGAUCGUAGAACUUUUCGAACUAUCCAAGAAGAUGCUUUCCAAACAACGCCACUAUGAUUGGGGGUUACGAGAAUUGAAAUCGAUUCUAUCGGCUUGUGGUUCCGCGCUGAAAAACGCCAACAGCGAAUUGACGUAUGACGAGGAAGCCGGACUAGCCGUUAACGUGAUUCGAUCGAACACUAUGUCCCGAUUGACUCUGUCCGAUUGCAAACGGUUCGAUGUUCUGUUAUCUAAUGUGUUUCCGAAUACCCACGUCGUUGGUAUUGCAAACGAAGAUUUGAGACUGAAGAUCCUGGAUGCUUUUUCAAUUCUGGGAUAUCAGCCUAACAACCGACAGGUCGAAAAAUGUUUGGAGUUGGCUGCACAAUUGAAGAAACGAAUGGGAGUUGUAGUUAUUGGACCUCCUCGGUCAGGGAAAUCAACAAUCAUAUCCAUAUUGAAGGAAGCACUACUGUUGCUAGGGAGUACAAUACGAGCUCAUAUAAUUUCGCCAAAAUCGAUGAAUCGAGUUAAACUGUUGGGUAAGCUGGAUCCGGACACUCGGCAGUGGACAGAUGGAGUACUCACGUCCACAGCCGUUGCCGUGAAUGCUGAGCCUCGAACUGUCACUUCGUGGAUUAUUUGCGACGGAGACAUAGAUCCCGUGUGGAUCGAAGCAUUGAACUCCGUACUGGAUGAUAAUCGUCUGCUGACUCUACCUUCCGGUGGAGAGUAA